AUGCCCCGAUAUCCCCCUCCUCGAUGGUUGGAUUACAGUCCCCUUGGCACUCAUUUGAGCGGGACUUCGUUGCUUCCGGUCAAGCUUCCAAUUCCUAAGGAGUAUUCGUCCAACAUCCCUAGAGAACAUUGGUUCACGGAUAAUGAUCUGCUGAAUUUCUGUUCGGACAUGAACCUCCCCCUUGUUUGUAUCAUUGACCUUACAUACACGGACUACUACGACCCCAAGCUCUUUAUAGACCGCGGUGUCAAAUACGUCAAAGUUUACGUCGAAGGCCAUUUGAUCCCCAACCCCACCACAGUAAAGAGGUUCAUGGAAAUUUUAAGAAGUGUCACCGAGGACUUCCCAGGUACAAUGACUAUGUCUAAGCGCUCAUACGUAGGUGGUACCAUCGCCGUCCAUUGCACACAUGGAGUCAACCGAACAGGUUACUUAAUCUGCCGCUACCUCAUUGACGUACUUGGGUGGUCUGCUGACGAAGCUAUUGAAGUCUUCUUCAAUCCCAGUUCAACACCUCUUGGUGGUUUUGCCGUUUCAGAGUUUGCACGCGCACGUGGACACGCGAUAGAGCGGAGGAACUAUGUGAACGAUCUUCGACAUCGCUAG